AUGUCUUCAGCAUUGGCAAAAUGGAGUUCGCAUUCACCCCUUGGCAAGUCCUUGGACCCCACCAGGAAGAAGGUCACCAUGGGUGUCCUUCGAUCCAUGUAUAAGAAAAAUGAACCCAUUAGCGUCAUGACCGCUCACGACUUUCCAAGUGCCCACGUUGCCGACGCUGCAGGCAUAGAUGUGAUUCUCGUGGGUGACAGUUUGGCCAUGGUAGCCUUGGGCAUGGAAGAUACCAGCGAGAUCACUAUUGAUGACAUGCUGCUGCAUUGCAAAUCAGUAGCCCGAGCCACCAAGGCCGCAUUCACUAUUGGGGAUCUUCCUAUGGGCUCUUACGAGGUAUCGCCUGAGCAAGCACUCGCUACGGCCAUUCGGUUUGUGAAAGAGGGGCGCGUCCAAGGCAUCAAGCUAGAAGGGGGCAAGGAAAUGGCACCAACAAUAAAAAAGAUAGUGCAGGCAGGUAUUCCUGUGCUGGCCCAUGUUGGACUGACACCCCAGCGUCAGAAUGCCCUGGGAGGGUUCAGAGUGCAAGGGAAAACGGCUAAGGGUGCCAUGGGAGUCCUCGAAGACGCAUUGGCCGUGCAAGAGGCGGGAUGUUUUGCCAUGGUUGUGGAGGCUGUUCCCGCCGAAGUGGCCAGCAUCAUCACCUCGAAGCUUUCGGUCCCCACCAUCGGUAUCGGAGCAGGCAAUGGAUGUUCUGGCCAAGUUCUCGUGCAGGUCGACAUGUCGGGUAACUUCCCUCCUGGUCGCACUAUCCCGAAAUUUGUUAAGCAGUAUGGCAACGUGUGGGCAGAGAGUCUGCAGGCCAUUGAAUCCUAUCGGGAAGAGGUCAAGAGCCGUCAAUACCCAGCUCCCGAGCAUACCUAUCCGAUUUCUAAGGAAGAGCUCGACGCCUUUACGAGAGAAUCCGAAAAGAACAGCCCGUCAGUCGGCUUCAGAGAUAAUAUCUUGCGCAGAUGCGUGACGACAGUCUCGAAUUUCUGCGUGGCGCUAAUCCUGCGAACUUCGGUCUUCAGCUGCGGUGCCGACCCGACAGCCUUGAAGCGCACAAGGACUUUCUCCUGGUCAAACCCACCGGCAGAAGCCAAGGCCGAGCUCGCGUCGCGGGGCAGAGCGGUGAGCACCGUCGAUGCUGUCAUGGUGAGCGGAAGCUCGGGCGACUCAGACCUGUCUUGGAUCGGAGAGGGUGGGGGUGAAGGCGAGGGGCGGUCGGGAUAUUCCAUCUUCAAGAUUGCUUAUGAAGAACAGACCAGAGAAGGAUUGGAGUUCCUGAGGAAGGUAGACAAUGUCUCAGCAGUGUGA